GCUCUUUCUCUAAGAUUGGCAGCCUCCGUUCUGCACGAACUGCAAGAACGAUCUAACAUUCGCACGAUAAUUGGCGAACCGAGAUGCCUGCCAUGGAUACCAGUAGCACGAAUUCAAGAGGCGGCCAGCGAAGUGCCUUGACGCCACCGUCAGACCGCAUCCUCGACAGGAAGAUCGAAAGGCGCGCACUCCCAGAAGGCUUCUCAUCCAAUCUCGGAAGAAAAAUGCCCUCAUCUGGACGCAAGGUAUCAGAUCGGUCAGUACGAGUCAUGGUGAGACUGUUCGAAGAAUCGACAGGCACUGGAGACAAACCAACACUCUGCGGGCCGAAACUGGCAUCCAACACAAGCGACCGGGUCAGUCGUAGCGAUGAAAAAGCAACAGACGAAAGUGGUCCCCACGGAAACGACGGCGACGACAAAACAGCCACUCGGUCAGAGCAACCGCAGCUGCAGCCCGAGCACGACCGACUGGAUCAUCCGAGAGAGACGACGCCCUCAAGUGGCCCCCUUGCGCAAAUUGGAUACCAGAUUGAGGAGUACUCGUUGACACUGCUCAAGCACAAAUCGUACUUCAAUAACAGGCCACUGGCACGAUGUCUCGAUGAUACUCAGCAGAACGGUGGAAUUACCAAGAUUCAGCGGGUUAGGAGCAGGAAGGAAUUCGUCAGAAGACCGGCGACGCAGCAGAAGGAAGAUGAGGCGAGCAAAAACGCCCAAAUAGAGCGGGAGACGAAGGAUUCCAUCUCAACGGCGAGGGACAGGAUACCGUCGCCUGUCGAGCAGCUAGACGACUUGAUGAGCCAGCUCCUCACGUGGCGAGGAUUAUGCGGAUCCAGCACGCCGAACUCAGCUCCGAGAAGGGAUAGACGCCACCCAACAGAGAUUGAGAGCUUUUGGAGCAAUGUGCGCAGGCAGCUAUGGGUUGACGAUGACGAGAUAUACCAGGAGAAGCUCCUGCCGGCGCAAAGAAACUGCAUGUGCGCGUCUGAGAGGAGAAACGACGGCCAUACCUUGGACUUAUCGACCUCCGCGCCGACUCUCCCUUUAUCGUAUCAUCCCGUCCCGGGACCAACUCAGCUCCCUCCGCCAGUGCCAACCCGACUUCCACCCCCGGUGCCAACAGCCCCUCAACAACCGCUUCACCCGGCCACACCAGCUCCUCCAAUCGAUCCUUUCUCCGACCCUGACUGGGACUACCCCGCCUGGGACCAACCGUCGCCCUCGUCCGUGAGAUUGAGCGUAUCGGACCUAGGUGGUUUGGACACCACCAAACCCCUUUUCUAUGGGCGUGUCCCCACAGAGCUGCCCACCCCGCCAGACUACAGACGACCGCUGCCUGUCCCGCCGACAAAUGCCAACCACUCACGCAAACCCAGCAGCGGCCCCUGGAUCCGGCCACCGACAUGGCGCUCGCUGUCAUCCCCGCUGGGCCCGGCUUCACCACCUCCAUCGAUCCCUCCACCACCUCCCCCCUCAACAUAUGCACCCGCAACCCAAAACCAGCACUGCGGUUACCACUACAACAGAUAUGGGCAACACCGAGCCUAUCCCUCGGCCUCCACGGCCACCAUCUCAACAACCCACAGUAUUGCCGUCACCGACAACAGCAGUAUCAGCAGCAGCAGGAGGACGCCAAAGACAUCAACGAGCUCCACAACGACUCGCUCAACCCGCACCGGAUCAGGUACAAGCACGAGCUUAGGCGCCGAGAUCUCCGGUUCAGCCGCGAUUCGGACAAGAGCGGCCCCAGCGCGGCCUGAAGGACGGCGCCUCACGACGGAGGAAAAGUUAUCCGAGAUUGACGCCUUCCUUGCUCCGGAUCUUUCCCCGAGUCGGGAAGACCACGGCGGGUGGAUAUGAAUGGGGCCUGUUGCGGUGGGCGCGUGAAUGCGUGCUGUUGAAGUGGAUGGGAUGGGCUUUGAUCUAGCGAGCACAGGAAGGUUGCUGAUUCGAUAAUACAGUGAACAGGUGGCUCAGGCGAAACCGAGGGGUAUAUUUUGGGAUGGCCAUGGAGGUCUUCGAGACGAAGCCAAAGAUGUACAGGAGGAUAAUAGUACAGAAAUGGUAC